AUGACGUCUGAACACUUGAACUUCAGCUGUGCCCUUAUCACUGGUGGAGGUGGGGGUAUCGGAAAGGAGAUCUCGCAAUACUUCAUAUCAAAAGGAAAAAAGGUCAUCAUUGCGGGUCGAACGGAGUCCAACCUUCAAGCCACGUCGAAAGAAAUAGGGGCCGCUGGAUAUUAUGUUCUCGACACUGGUUCGAUCCCCGAUAUUCCAGCUUUCAUCGACAACAUCAUCAAAGAUCACCCAGAUCUCGACUGCUUAGUCAACAACGCCGGGGUCCAAAGACCCCUCCAAGUACUCAAACAGACUCCGGAAGACUUCCUCUCGAAGGCCGAUAAUGAGAUCAAUAUCAACAUCCGUGGUCCACUGCAUCUUGCAGUAGGACUAUUGCCUCAUUUGAAAUCUAGGCCACACGCUCUAAUUAUCAAUGUGACUAGUGUGCUGGGAUUCGUGCCAUUCUCGAUCAUCAACCCAGUGUACAAUGGUACUAAGAGCUUCCUCCGGUUCUUUUCGAUGGCGUUGAGAUCACAACUUAAAGAUACGUCGGUACGAGUUGUCGAGAUCGUUCCGCCGACUGUCUCGACUGAUCUUCAUCGCGAACGCGAAAACCCCAGCGAUAAUUCUAAAGAGAAUAAUCCUAGUGCUCUUUCACUGGAAGAGUUCAUGAAUGAGGUCUCCGAGAAGUUGGAGAAAGGAGAGGAGACGAUUGGGGCUGGACUAGGCGAUGAGUUGGUGAAGAAAUGGUAUGGCACUUUUGGUUACCUGUAUGAAGAUUAAAUGAGGAAGGAACCGAGGUUGAAUGAGUGGCUAGUCGAUGCCCGAAGUUAAAGAAUCUCGCUAAAACCUGAAGCUGUCUGGGCAGGUGAUCAC